UAUAUGUGGCUGUCAGCUGGUUAGGUCGCUCUAAUCUCCGUUAAUUUUCCCUGAUUUCCCCGCAGAGACCGCCUGACCCUGUUGGUUCGAAUUUUGCGUUCCCCGAUAGGUUCUGCACGAGUCAAGGAUCGCACAGAUGGUACCGCGCGAGGUGACUUCCAUGUCGCGGCGACUCCAACGCCGUUCCGACCGCGCAUAAGGGCACUCCACACUGAGGAGGAUCCGAAGAUGCUCACGUCAAUGCAUUUCGGUAGACUUAACCUCGUCAGUCGCUCAUCUGGCGCUCCUCCGAACGAAAUUCCAACGCGGGCCUGCUAGAGCCCCAGGAGGCGACCCGGACUGUUGCAGCCGGUGACGAUGCAAAAUAACUCCAAAACCAGAGAGAUGUUCAUCGUCAGAGCUCUGGAGAAGAUCUUGGCUGAUCGUGAUGUCAAGCGGUCUCACCUUUCACAGCUACGAAGAUCCUGCGAGUCAGCUUUGGAGGACCUGCGAAAUGAGAUCAAGGAGGUUCCAAAUGUGCAGGGCGAGGAAGCGACGUCUAAUGCCUUGCCUCAGCCUAAGAGCGAUUCGAAUGUUAUAUCGGCGGAGAAAUACUUCUUACCAUUUGAACUGGCUUGCCAGAGCAAGUCCCCCAGAAUUGUCGUCACUGCCUUGGAUUGUUUGCAAAAGUUGAUUGCCUAUGGCCAUUUGACCGGAAACGUACCGGACUCGACUGAUCCUAACAAGCUACUAAUCGUUCGCAUUGUCGAGACAAUAUGUGGCUGUUUUAUGGGGCCUCAGACAGACGAGGGUGUACAAUUGCAGAUAAUCAAAGCUUUGCUGACGGUAAUGACCAGUCAGCAUGUCGAAGUGCACGAAGGAACUGUUUUACUUACCAUACGCACUGUUUAUAACGUUUACCUGGCAUCAAGGAAUUUAGUUAAUCAAACCACUGCUCGGGCGACUCUCACGCAGAUGAUUAAUGUGAUAUUUGCAAGGAUGGAGACUCAAGCGACCAUCCAUUCUCAGGAAGAAGACACGGCAAGGACCGAAGUGGAGCAGCAGGAUGUGUCGAUGGCCUCUGGGGCGGAGACGGAGAGCGAGCCAAUAAACAACGAAGAGUCUGUACCAGAAAGUGCCUCCGAAGCGCGUAACGUAGUGAAGUCCAUUUUGGAGGAUGUCGUAGACUCGGUGAUUCCUGAGGAUCAGCCUGCUACGUCGCCUUCUGAAGAGCCUAGUCUUGACCAAGUGCCCACUGAUGACAAUACCGACGAGGCAACUGCAGAGACCGACAACAUGGUCACCGCUAAAUUUACUCAUGUCUUGCAGAAGGAUGCCUUUCUGGUAUUCAGGGCACUCUGUAAACUCUCUAUGAAGCCUUUACCCGAUGGAACGCCAGAUCCAAAAUCACACGAGCUCCGAUCAAAGAUCCUAUCUCUACAGUUGCUCCUUGGAAUCCUUCAGAAUGCUGGACCGGUCCUUCGUUCCAAUGAGAUGUUUGUCAUAGCGAUCAAGCAGUACUUAUGCGUAGCACUAUCAAAGAACGGUGUGUCCUCUGUGCCUGAAGUGUUCGAGCUCUCUCUUGCAUUGUUCCUCGCUUUACUGGCAAGAUUCAAGAUGCACCUCAAAAUGCAGAUCGAAGUUUUCUUUAAGGAAAUUUUCAUGAACAUCCUAGAGACCUCGAGCAGUUCUUUCGAGCACAAGUGGAUGGUCAUCCAUGCGCUGACAAGGAUCUGUGCAGACGCGCAGAGCGUUGUCGACAUAUACGUAAACUAUGACUGUGAUCUAUCGGCAGCUAAUUUAUUCGAAAGGCUCGUCAACGACUUGUCAAAGAUUGCACAGGGUCGCCAGGCACUAGAGCUCGGAGCCUCUCCCAAUCAAGAGAAAUCCAUGAGAAUAAGGGGCUUGGAGUGUCUAGUGUCGAUCCUAAAAUGUAUGGUGGAGUGGUCAAGAGAUCUCUAUGUAAAUCCAAGUGUACCUGCGGAUCAGCAAGUGCCAUCGGAGCCAACUGGUCCAACCCUGGAGCCUCCGUUGCCUCGUUACGGUAGCGCUGGCAGCUUGUCAUCCGCUAACUCUAGUCUCGUAGGGAAUAAAGAGGUGCCGGACUCUCCGGAGCAAUACGAGGUUCAGAAACAACAGAAAGAAGUCUGGGAGGCUGGCAUCGACAUAUUUAACCGGAAACCAAGUAAAGGUGUUCAGUACCUGCAGGAACAGGGUCUGCUUGGAAACCUCGCAGAGGAUGUUGCUCGAUGGCUUCAUGGCGAUGAACGUCUGGACAAGACUGCCGUCGGAGACUUCCUUGGAGACCACAAUCAUAACCAGGUUAUGUACAAUUACAUCGACCAGAUGGAUUUUGCCGAGAGGGACCUGGUGACGGCUCUCCGAUAUUUCCUAGAAGGCUUCAGGCUCCCUGGCGAAGCCCAGAAAAUCGACAGGUUGAUGGAGAAAUUCGCCAGUCGCUACUGCGAGUGCAAUCCGAAUAACGGAUUGUUUACCAGUGCAGACACUGCCUACGUUUUGGGCUUCUCGAUAAUAAUGCUCACGACCGACCUUCAUUCGCCCCAGGUCAAAAACAAAAUGACCAAGGAGCAGUAUAUCAAGCUGAACCGGCGUAUCAGCGACAACGAAGACCUGCCCGAGGAGUACUUGUCUAAGAUCUACGACGAGAUCGCCGGUAACGAGAUCAAAAUGAAGUCCAAUCCUAACCGACCUGGGAAGCAAGUAAUAUCCAGUGAAAAGAAACGUCGACUUUUGUGGAAUAUGGAGAUGGAAGUUAUCUCCACGGCGGCGAAGAACUUGAUGGAGUCGGUCAGUCACGUGCAGGCUCCAUUUACGACCGCGAAGCACCUCGAACACGUUCGACCUAUGUUCAAAAUCGCGUGGACCCCGUUUUUAGCGGCCUUCAGUGUGGGUCUUCAGGAUUGCGACGACCCUGAAAUAGCCUCGCUGUGUUUGGACGGGAUCCGGUGCGCCAUUCGCAUCGCCUGUAUCUUUCACAUGACUCUGGAGCGCGACGCGUACGUGCAGGCUCUGGCGAGGUUCACUUUAUUGACGGCAAAUUCGCCGAUCACGGAGAUGAAGGCGAAGAACAUCGACACCAUAAAGACCCUGAUCACAGUGGCGCAUACCGAUGGGAAUUAUCUAGGAAGCUCAUGGCUAGACGUGGUGAAGUGCAUAUCCCAGCUGGAGCUGGCCCAGCUGAUCGGCACCGGGGUUAGACCUCAACUUCUUGGACCCCCCUCGAAGCCUCACUUCCCGUCGCCCCUGGCCAACUUCACCAACCUGACGCACAAUUCGCAUCAGUCCAACAGCUUGAACUUGAGCUCCUUGGAUCCCAGCGUGAAGGAGUCCAUAGGUGAGACCAGCUCCCAAAGCGUCGUGGUGGCCGUGGACAGGAUAUUCACAGGAUCCACAAGGCUGGAUGGAGACGCCAUCGUUGAGUUCGUCAAGGCCCUUUGCCAGGUGAGCCUCGAAGAGUUAGCCCACCCCUCGCAGCCUCGGAUGUUCUCCUUGACGAAGAUCGUGGAGAUCUCCUACUACAACAUGGGUCGCAUCAGACUCCAGUGGUCCAGAAUCUGGCAGGUCCUGGGGGACCACUUCGACAGAGUCGGCUGUAGUCCCCGACAAGAUAUCUCCUUCUUCGCCGUCGAUUCUCUUCGACAAUUGGCCACCAAGUUCAUCGAGAAGGGGGAGUUUGCCAAUUUCCGCUUCCAGAAGGAGUUCCUCAGGCCGUUCGAGCACAUCAUGAAGAAAAACCGCUCGCCGAUCAUCAGGGACAUGGUCGUCAGGUGCGUCGCCCAGAUCGUGCAUUCUCAAGCUCCCAACAUCAGGUCGGGCUGGAAGAACAUCUUCAGCGUUUUUCAUCAUGCAGCCAGCGAUAGGGACGAGUCCGUUGUCGACCUUGCCUUCUCCAUGACCGGGAAAAUCAUAAAUGAGCUCUAUGCCGAAGACUUCAGCAUCAUGGUGGACUCCUUCCAGGAUGCCGUCAAGUGCCUCAGCGAAUUCGCCUGCAACGCCUCCUUCCCUGACACGAGCAUGGAGGCGAUCAGGCUGAUACGUUCCUGCGCGUCCUAUAUCGACGCGAAUCCUCAUCUUUUCGCCGAGGGCAUGAUGGACGACAGCGGAAUGGUCUCCGAGGAAGACAGAGCUUGGGUGAGGGGCUGGUUCCCCCUGCUCUUCGAGCUCUCCUGCGUGGUCAGCAGGUGCAAGCUGGACGUUCGAACGAGAGCUUUGACUGUACUCUUCGACGUCGUCAAGACCUACGGGGCCUCUUUUAAGCCCCACUGGUGGAAGGACCUGUUUCAGGUGCUCUUCAGGAUUUUCGACAACAUGAAAUUGCCCGAGCAGCACACGGAAAAAGCCGAGUGGAUGACGACGACCUGUAACCACGCCCUCUACGCGAUCGUGGACGUCUUCUCCCAAUUUUACGAUACUCUGGGUCCGAUUUUACUGGAGCAGCUGUAUUUCCAGUUGCUGUGGUGCGUGCAACAGGACAACGAACAGCUGGCCAGGUCGGGUACGAAUUGUUUGGAGAACCUGGUCAUCAGUAACGGCGUCAGGUUCGACGAGCCCACGUGGGAGAAGACCUGCCGGUGCGUUCUCGACAUCUUCGAAAACACCCUGCCGAGCGCCCUUCUCAUCUGGAAGCCGCAGUCCCCGAACAAGGAGUCGGACCUUGACGUCAUCACGGGGGAGUGCGACGGCCACGUGGGUAUCCUGAAGAGGAGUAACAGCACGCAGAGCCUGGCGAACGGCGAGAGUGCGAGGACGAAGGUCUUCUCCGGAUUGCUGAUCAGAUGCGUGGUCCAGCUGGAGUUGAUUCAGACGAUCGACAACGUCAUUUUCUACCCGGCAACCUCGAGGAAGGAGGACCAGGAGAACCUGGCUCUGGCGCAGGCCGACAUGCUCAACGGCAGGUCGACCGAGACCGGCACACAGGAGACCCAUGAAGACCUGCAGAAGGAGGACCAGGGCAUGUACCACGCCUUGACUUCCGCGCACCUCCUCAUCCUCGUGGAAUGCCUCCUAAGGUCGCACAGGUUCGCCAAGACCUUCAACGCCAAUCACGAGCAGAGGAACGUCUUGUGGAAGGCCGGAUUCCGCGGAAACGUGAAACCGAACCUCCUUAAGCAGGAGACCCAGUCUCUGGCUUGUGCCCUCCGCAUCCUCUUCAAGAUGUACAGCGAUGAACGAAGGUCGAGCGACUGGCCUAAGGUCGAAGAACGACUCGUCGGGGUCGCUCGCGAGGCUCUGGAAUAUUUUCUGGCUCUUUCGAACGAAGCCCACAGGGACGCCUGGAUGGCGAUCCUUCUUCUAAUGCUGACGAGGAUCCUGAAGAUGAGCGACAACCGGUUCGCCGUCCACGCGUCCAGUUGCUACGCUCUACUGUGCGAAGUCAUGUGCUUCGACCUGAAGCCAGAAUUGAGGUCCGUCCUCAGAAGGUUCUUUCUCAGGAUCGGCCCGGUGUUUCGCAUCACCCAGAAGUGAGGGAGGCACGAGGGGCCCUCUUCGGUGUGUACAGCGAUGGUCGGAAAUGGAACCAGUGGCCCGAGGUCGAGAAAUGUCUCAGGAUCGGGAAACUCCGUUGCUAGUGCAAUCCGUCCUCGGGAUGUUCAUUCUUGGGAGGUUUCCUAAGAGUUUCCUCUUCGGGAUGUUUCUCUUCAGGGUCGGUUUCGUGAUUCGCGUCGACCUAGUUCGAAGGGAGCCAGGAGGGUCCCACUCUGUAAAUCUUACCGUAAAACCCUUUUCCCGUCGCGGUUGUACCUUUUUAACUUGUAUUAUUGUUAUACAUACGCAUAGAUAUACAUACUAUACAUAAUAUACAUAAUAUACAUACUAUACAUACUAUACAUAUUAUAAAUAGGACGCGAAUGCGUAGGCGUGUGAGAGUAGCGAGUUGUGUAUCUACGAGCGGCGGACAGAGUAGUUGCGUAGAGUCCUUUGCGACCCUGGCGAGGCUCCCGUUGACGAGUAGGAUUAACUUAUACGAUUGCAGAUACAUAUUUUAUGUAUAUUCAGGCUCGAAUACAGAAUCAUUCGUAA